GUACUACUUACUUCCUUUGGCCAUCAGAUUACAACUUUCGUUGUGAUUUCUUACUGUUGCUCGCUGUGUGUCCUUCCUUUUCGUUCCUUACAUCCACACUCCUUCGUAUAUACACGCUCUAGCUGGUGUGCCUCUUAAUUUACUGUUUAUACAUUCCUGUGCCGUCCGUUCUUUUCGACCAUCGUUUCCCCACUCGAGCGCCUUUCCCCCUUUCUCUGCCUCCAACGGUCUUUGCGCACUAUUCAUACAGGCCGCCACCACCACCACAACUACUUUUUUUUCUUCUCUCCGCUAGCUCUCCCCUGUGCGCCCUCUCACGGUGCUCGUCAAAUGCAACACCGGUGUUCAUAAUGAGUGUCGUCGCCAGUAGACCCGAGAGCGCUGCUGUGCCCUUCAGCCCCAUUCCUCAAAGCGAAUUUAUACAUUGCAAGGAUGCAGCAUAUGCCGUGACAGUGCAGCCGGUCUCCUCUCGAACGUCAUCCGUUUCUUCCUUCAAGAGCAAUUACAGUGUCUCUACUGCCCCUACAGUCUACUCUCCUAUCUCUCCCACAUCACCAGCUCGCGUAUUCGACUCCGCUGCUUCUCUGGAUAAGAUACUGGAGUCGGUGUUCAAGCGACUACCGCAAGAAGUCUACGAUGUCAUUCUAGACCAAUUGGAGCUUUUACAUGUCGGCCCGAAUCAGACCGGAUGCCUAACAUGCUUUCAGCGCGACUUGCACGCUCUUUCCUUGACCUGCCGGGCGUGGGAGAAGGGAGUCAGAGCGAAGUUGUAUAACCGCAUACACAUCAUUGGAAACGAUUCGCCGUCGCAAUUGAAGAAAUACCGACUCAAAAGGGGAAGCCGCUUGAAGUUGCUCAGACGAACCCUCCGGGAGAGGAAGUUGCUGGCCAAUCUCGUUCUUGAGCUUCGAGUCCCCCAAAUGGACCUGUUGUUCACAACAGUGAAGCAGAGCACUCAAUGGCAAGAAUACCGAGACCUAGUCGCCUCGGUCGUCAUGGUGUGCCCGAACUUGGAACGAUUGCUCGGCUUGACCAUCCCGUAUAACCAUGAGUUCGAUCGUCUGACACAUGCGUUGUCUACGCGUCGAAAGUUGAAGGAGCACACAUGGGUUCUAGGAGAGGCCCCGGCGGUCUCUGAAGAAUCCCCUCGCAGCACAUCAUGCCCCUGGAGCUUGGGCCCCUCGCAGAUGUUUGAGUUUCUCAACUACCAUGUCUCAUGGACUAAUUUGGAGACGCUGAUGCUUUAUGGCGUCAACGAGAACAACGCCCUGGAACCGAGCAUCUUUCUUCGCAUGGUCAGCCUCCUGCCGUCGCUGCGAAAUCUUUGCAUUUCCAACUUUGACGCGGAUGCCUUUGCGGACAGCGCGCUUCUGUGCCUACCGUCGCUCGAAUCGCUCCGCUUGGAGAACCUCCCGGGCGUGACUGAUUCAGGGCUCUGCCAAUUUGCCAUGCGUCCAGAGUCUCGCUCCCUCAAGACCCUGGCCCUUAUCGAACAGAACAUCGAUUCGUUGCUUACGAUCUCGAAAAUCUUGUCAUCGCUGAGACAGUUGGAGCGAUUCAAGUUCGUCCAGAGCAACAAGAACCCUACGCUGAAUGCCGAUGGGAUUGUCUUUCAACCGCUUUUCGCCUCUUCGACGCUUCGAUAUUUGCAUUGGGACGUUACAGGUCCCGACUCUGCCGCCGGGCUCGGCAGGCUCGAUUACGCUCCGUUUGUGAAACCACCGCGACAUACAGAGUCCCCGAAUUCUCAUCUAGCUCAGAGUAUUCUGUCCGUGGGCUUCCCUCGUCUUGAAGCACUGCGAGCACCCUCGGAUAUAGAACCUCCGGGAGUCCUUCAGGCUGUAUGCCAGCCGAUACCACGCGGGCAAGCACUGCUCAAGCCAGACCGUUACAGCCUCCCCCGUAGCUCCCACGGCUCUGUUACGACCCGGCCAAUGGCCCUGCCCGCCGGGAACAACUUGACUUCUGCUCGGAUACGAGCGCAGACUUUUAUUGAUAUGGCAGCGAAGGACACGGAAACCGGAAUGCGGCUGCUCAUCACUGAUCACUCGGACUCGUACGUUCCAGACAAUGCAUUGGACGAACUUUCCGAUGAUGGGUCCGAUCUGGACAUGGACGAGUUCGGCAUAGGUGGUGUGCAGCCUAAGAAUGAUGUGUUGCCCGACGAUCACGAAGGUCCGGUCACCGUGUAUGACUUCCGGAUGCCAGCCUUCAUGGGGAGGAUAGGCUGUAGGACAAGUGAGAAGGACAUCUCAAUUCCGCGAUUUAUCCUUCGUCCAGACAUACCAGGGCAGGAUGGUGAUGGAGGUUUAGUUGAUUGGAAACAUGUGCUGGCCUCCAGCCAGUCCCUCACAUAUGCUGCUGGAGUUGGAGUAAAUUGCUUUGGCGGCAAGGGCCACGCGAAACCGGCGCCCGAAGAGCCGCCAUCGCCGACCUCAACUACAACCUCACGUUUUGGAUGGGGCAGCAUCGGCAGUCGGUCCGCGCUGGGCACCAGUCCAAACACCCCUACAACACCAGCGACGCCGAUGAGUCUUUCGUCUACGACGGCACUCCCUUGGGACCGAGAUACCUGCACCGGAUCAUGGAAUUAUAGCCACAAAAGUGGAAGGGACUGGUGGUUCCACAUGGAACGAGACCGCCCAGGAAACGUCGAAAUAGUUGACGUUAAGCGACUAUUCUAGUCAGGUUGAUGUACAUCACCGGUGACGUGCAUUUGAUUUUACCUUUCAUUGGUACUUUUAUUUUUCUCAAGAAUGGCAUGCUAUGGUACAUGCUGUCUGUUGGUAUACACGCAGAAACGGCGUUUACGGAUUGACGGAUGGAUGGAC